AUAUUUUCUGAAAUUGACAGGAAUAUUGCUCAGUGGAUAUGUCCAGGUCAAUGGACAGAGAAAACUGGGAAAGAUUUGGAGGGCUUCCCAAAGCAAGACUUCAGUAUUGACUGCGGCAUAUUCAUGUUAAUGUCUGCACUGUACAUUGUCCUGGAUGCCCAGUUUGAUUACUCAGUAAAUGACAUUCCUGUUUUGCGGAGGUGGUGGUGCCUGUUGCUGCUGGAGAACUAUCCCUUGAACAGUUAUGGGAAGGUCUUUGCCCAUUGGACCAAGGAGUGUGAGGCGCUUCUCAAAGGGAAACAUUCUCCUGUCUACAGGCUGAAGAGGAAACGUGAGCAGAACACGGAGGCAGCCAUGUCAGAGAGGUCCUUGGCUAACGAACAGCGACAAUGCAUGGCAGACCUGAUAAAGGUCUGUGUUUUCCAGACGUCUGAGAACACUGGAAUGAGACUUUUAUAUCCAGAUGUCCAGUCACUUGAGUGGGUGCAGUGCCACACUUGCAAAGGCUGGCUUCACACAGAUUGUGCAAGGAAAUGCACACAGGAAGAUGAGCCAUUCGACUGUGGAUGCACAUUCGUGAAGGAACACCCAAGCAUUAUUGAGGCGGUUGAAACAGGACGAAUCCUGUCCGUGUUUUCAGUGGAUCAGAUCAAGAGCUUGUACCAUGACCUGAUGAACGGGCAAGUGCGUUCAAACAGGAUGUACCUCUGGAUUAAUCCAUCCACAUCCUGGAAACUGAAACAGCACCUGAAACCGCACAUGCUCCAUUUUAGUGAUCAGCGGUUCUUGGAGCUGAUGAAGACCAUCGAGCAGUGCACCGACAUUGGAGAGAGGAUUCUGAAGGGGGAAAAUUCACUGCUCUAUUUCACUUUCGAUGUCUUCGUCCCAGAGAUUAUCAUCAAAAUCCUGGAGGGACAAGGAGUACCAAGAUAUGCUGCUGAGCAGAUUAUGGCCAGUGUGACAAAAUUCUAAUAAACUGUGACACAAUUAC